AUGGACGUGCCCAUCACAAAGAGGAUUGUAGUCUUGGGAAAAACUGGAGCUGGUAAAAGCAGCCUGGCUAACACCAUAUUUGGAGAGAAACUGUUCCUGAUCGGUCACACUGCCAACUCUGAAACAAAUAAAUGUCAAGCAAAAAACAAAUCUGUCAACGGAAGAAGAAUCACUUUGAUCGACACUCCUGGUUUCUUUGACACAGACAGACCUGAGGAGGAGCUGAAGCCUGAGAUAGUGAGGUGUAUCACAGAGUGCUCUCCUGGGCCUCAUGCUGUUCUCAUUGUGCUUAAAGUGGAGAGAUACACAGAUCAUGAACAGGCUGUCAUCACAGAAAUAACAAAGUACUUCUCUGACAAAGUCUUCAAAUACGCAACAGUUCUCUUCACUCAUGGUGACCAGCUCCCUGAAGGACAGACAAUUGAGCAGUUUUUCCGCGACAAUAAAUCAUUGAAUGAUCUUGUUGAGAAGUGUGAAGGACGCUGUCACGUCAUUGAUAAUAAAUACUGGAAGAACGACCAGCAGGAUGAAUACAGAAGCAACAAGUUCCAGGUGGAGGAGCUCCUCAAGACAAUAGAUGAGAUAACUGAGGCAAACAGAGGAGGCUACUACACCAAUGAGAUGCUACAAGCAGCGGAGAAACUGAUCCAACAAGAGGUGGAGCACAUUAGAAAGUUAUCACCAAACAUGUCAGUGGAAGAGAUCAGAGAGCAGGCUAAAGUCAGCACAGCCAAGAAGCUUUUGAUCAAACUGGUUGGUUUUACAACAGGUGCUGUGUUAGGAGCUUUCUUUGGUGCGGUAAGACGUGAAAUGGAAGCAGCAGCAGUAGUAGAAGCUUUAAAGGGAGUGGUAGAAGGAGGUCUUAAAGGAUAUGAAGCAGCUGAGGGAGCAGACGAACCACUGGAAGCAGCAGAGAGAGCAGCAAAGGCUGUCAUAGGACUCUCCAUCUAG